UCUAACUUCAACCUUAUUUAAAAUAAACAUAACCUUAAUCGAGUUUAUGAAUGGUUUAUUUUGAUAAAAAGACCUGUAAAUAGAGAAAGUAUGAAUUUUACUGUAAAAUUUCUAGCAACUCUCAAUCCUUCUAUAACAAGGCAAUUACAUACACCACAAUUAAUUUUUAUACUACGAAAUGCUUCAGUUAAAAGCAAGUCCUUAAAUAAAAUAGCUAUAAAUUGCACGAAUUGUAUACAAAUAAGGAACUUUUCAAGAACAGCAACAAAUUUUAACAAAAAUAAAGAAAAUGAUACAUUAAAAAAUUCUGAACGAAUACGAGUAUAUACUGGACCAUUAGCAACUCAAGUUCGAUUAGUCAAAUACUUUUCAUUAAUGACAAGUGCCCUAGGUUUGGCAGUUCAACCCCUUCUUUAUAAAGCGACCAUAAAAAUGGCAAAUAUGCCUAUUAUGAUAGCAGCAUAUUCGUUUGUAGGUUUUUUUACACUUGGUACUCCAAUUCUUCUGCAUUUGAUAGCAAAGAAGUAUGUAAUUCAUUUAGAUUAUAAACCAGAGACUGGAACUUAUAUUGCCACAACACUAAAUUUCUUCAGUAUAAAGAAAGAGUUAGAGUUUAAACUAGAAGAUGUCCAUGUCCCAGAUAUUCCCGGCAUGUUUACGACAUUUGAAGCCAAAAAAACACCCCUUUUCGUUGAUUUGCGAUUUUUUGAAGAUCCCACACAUUAUGGAAAAAUUAUGGGCUAUGAUAAACCUAUAGAUUUAAAAUUAUUUCAAACGUCCGGUAAUACUGACCAGAAUAAAUAAUUUUUCAUACAUAGUUGUAUUUACUGUAAAUACUAUUUAACAAAUAUAUGCUUUUGUUUUUUUGUUGAA